AUGGAGAACGCUCAAAGCGGCAGCUUUAGCACUCCCUUGAAGAAACCUCAACCAGAGGUUCGACAAUUUGGCUCUUUGUCCCACGCCAACUAUAGUCAACCUCUUAAACAUCACUCCAUCGUUAACGAUAACGAUGAGGGCAGACACGAUAACAGUCGAGACAAAGAGAACGACUUACUGGAGGCCGGGUCGUCUUGGAAAAGAGCACGGGUAGCUAAACAAGAUGAAUCACGCGAAAACCUCAAUUCCUCGCCUGCUGUGAUAGAAAUGUUGGAUCGAGACGCAAACGGACUGGUGGAAUCGAAAGUGCCAGACGAGGCUCUUGAAGACGCCCAGGAAGACAUUUCAGAGGCUAUCACAAGUGCUGUACGAGAAAUCUCUCACAGUGAUAUGUCCAAUCACGAAAAUGGCAACCAAACCUCGCUUUUCCGAAACCUUCUGUCACCCGCCAGGCGUGUUUCUCCAGAAAAGCAUCCACUCACGCCGAUUGAUGCACACCAUACAGGUCUCUCAAAUCUCGACAGCCUAACCCCGCUGAAAAGCUACGUUCAAGGCUCAGAGGAGGGGAUACUACAGGCGCUGCAGAGUCGCUUCCGCCAAGAGCUCACCAGAUAUGAACACCAUCUACGCGCUAAAAACCAACAGACAGAUGAGUAUCGCAAGGAAACGAUCUCCUCUCUUGAAAAGAUCAAAAAACUAGAUGAAAGCUUGGACGAGCAAAAACUGGCAUUUUCCGUCCUCUGGGGUGAGCACGAAGUACUUAAGGCCUCACAAGCCGCUAAAGAAGCCAAAUGGGAGGGACAGACUGAGGAUUUAGAGAGAGUAUCUGAUGAAAAGAGUAGACUAGAGGAAAGGGUAUCGAAGUUGAAGCUGAAGCUAUCUGAGGUGCGUAAUGAGAUCAAGAUGCUCCAUCAAAACUCCCAGAUAUUGCAAGAAAAGUUUCAGCUGCAGAUUCAGGACAACGAUAGUUUGAAGAAGCAGCUCGAAGUAUGCGAAGAGCGUGAGAGUAAGCUCCAGUAUCGAUUGGAAAAGCUACAAAGUGAAAGAGACGAGCUCAGAGUGCAGAAAGAUCACCAAGACAUCGAAAUGAUGACUUUGAAGACUGCCAUGACCGAGCACGAAUUGGAAUCCCGCACCCUUCAACAGAGGAUCGCACACCUCGAAAAUCUGCUACGCGAAAGGGAGAACGCUUGCAGGGAACUUCAAAGCACUGUCGAGUCUUUUGAGGACACGAAGCGGCAAUCUACUACAGAACUCGAGAACCGCGUCACCGAUCUUCUAAGCGAUAUAAAAGGAUUGAAAGCGGAGCUGGAGGCCGUAAAUAAGCUUAAAGUGGACCUUGACGAAAGCAGGGAAAGGUUGCGUGCAUCGGAAGGCGAGCUCGCAUCUGCCAGCGAAAGCAUGCGGACCCUACGCGAAAGCGAGAUUGCACUCGAAAAGCGCUCGCUAGAGCUAGAGGAGCAAUUGACGCAGCACAAGCAGCGGCUGGAAAGUGUGACCGACCAGAUGGCAAUUAAGUCUGCGGAACUUGAGGAACUACAGCACGACCUGGAGGAGUUGCGACAGACCAAAAGCCACUUGGAGGAGUUUGUCAAGAUUCGCGACGCGGCUGUAGAAGACUGGAAGGCCAAAUAUGACAGUAAGUGUGCUGAGAACAACAAGCUCGCGGUGGAGAUCGAGAGCUACCAGUUCCGAAACGGGAAUCUGGAAUCCGAGCACCUUGUGGAACUCGAACAGCUGCAUCAACAAAUGACAUCUCUGCAAGAUACGCUGCGAGCGAGAUCCGAACAAAUUGCGCAGCUAGAAAACGAAAAGAGCGAGUUGCAGAGCCAGUUGAGCGAGGAUGCUGCGAAACACGCUCAAGCAAAUGACGGUGCACUUUCAGAAUCACCGGCUUUGAGCGAGCUGAAGGCACAGGUUGAAAGUUUACGGCAGCAACUGCAGGAAAAGGACGCCGAUACCAGCAAGAGGCUACAGCUACUUGCAGAGGACCUGUACAUCCAAUACUCGUCCAAGCAUGAACAGAAAGUCAAAAUGCUCAAAAAAGGCUACGAGACGAACUAUCAAGACAAAAUCGAGAGGAUGGCUCUGGAAAACACAGGUCUACGCGAUGAGCUCCACCAGCUCAACAAUAUGCUCAAGACUGAAAGAGACGACAAACAACGUCUCGUUCAACUGCUGAAUAAAUAG